AUGCACCACGGUGGCAGUGAUCCGCGUUUCGGCGAAGGUGGCUUCGAAGGUCGAAAAAGUGACAGUGCAGAUGUGAGAUGCCGUCCGUGGAAUCGUCAGUGGGUGUUGCACUUGACCGUGCUAGCCCUGUUUUUGACCUCCUACGGGUACGAUCCCUAUCUGAGAGAGCAAGAGCUGGGGCAGACUGGGGCUUCAGAAGAAACCGACGAUGGUAUAUUGCUGAACGGGCCGUACGAUUAUCAACAACUUGAGGAAGAAGACCCGGCCGAGGAAGAAAUUGAAAUACACUACCACGGUCUGCUCUACAUUCCAAGGAUAGUGGUUGUGCUUCUUUUAGCUGCAAGUCACAAAUGCAACGUGUCGAUCGAUCUGCUGCAAAAGAUCGUACACUUCGGACAUCCAGUUAUUGCUCUCCUAUACGCGCUGUUGCAUUUCCCGGAUUACUUAUCCUACGAGCUGCGCUAUAUUGGCUGUGUGUCGGAGCUGUUUUGGUCAUCGAAAGUGUUUCUGUACGUUUAUCAACUUACACUCUACUGCCCGUCUACCGAACGCUCACACUACCUCAUAGCUGGAUCCUUGGCCUUGAGCCUUGGUUCGUCCACUCAUCCAUUCAUUGCGGAACUGGGAGCAAACUAUCCCGUCGCCUCGCAAUACAUGAUAAAUCUGGCCAUCUCCUUGCUACACUUGGGCAUCUUUCAACCAAUAAUGUUUUGCGCCAUGCCUCCAGCGAAAGCUCCUAGUGCAACGCAACAUGCGAAAUAUGGUCGGCUAAACUUAUGCAUAGUGGAACUUCUUAUUGCAACCGUCGCUCUGAAUAGCGUCACACUACAAUGGUUUCUGACAGAAAAUUCAACACUUCUUCGGCCUUUUUUACCGUUUCUCAGCUCGGAUGAUCUGUUCGGUGUGUUUUGGCAGCUGUUUUACGUGGCAGUGGUUUUUACCACGCUUGGUUUCUUACUGAUAUACCUUGCCACAUCGGACCUGAUGGUGAUCUCGUUCUGCGGCCAAUUUCUCAUCAGUGCACUAUAUUUUUAUCUGGAGGAACCGAUUGCGGCCCGUGUCGGUUUGAUAAUGAAUACUUUCGUGUUAGCAACGGGGCUAGAGCAGUUAUGUGCGCUCCGUGAAAAUUCUAACAGUAUGGUUGCUGCGAUGGGGUUCACCUUUACACUGAUCAACCUACAAACGUACACUUGGUUUGGACUAUUACUAACUCUUUGGAGCUCGCCGGAUGUUGUGACUGUUGUCGUGUUGGCUUUUAACGGGUUUUUUACGAUCGUUUUAAUUGUGUUCCGAAAAUGGCUAACCCGGGAGCCAAUUCAACAUGGAAUUGUGGAGCAAAAGUUUUCCACUCAAGUAACCACCAUUACGUGA